AUGAGUGAAAGGGAGCACGCGCGGGCGAUUGAGGAAGCGGACGAGCGGGCGCCCAUGUUGGCGGAGCAGGCCGCGGGCGGCACUGCGGGGUACGGGACAGGGAGGACAUCGCAGGAAACGCUGCCCGAACUGCCGGCCAGCCAGCUCAGCAUACCGCAGAGAUUUGCGCUUUUUCUGUUGUUUGUUGUGCUUCUGCCGUUGAGCUACGUUUACACCACGAUGCCGGCGCCCGAUGUGCUCCAGAAAUAUGUGGCGGACAUCACGGAGUUGGAGGUGCGCCGGGUCAGCUUCCAGGGCUGGGCUGAGGCGCCUCCUGGGAUGGCGGGCGCGGCGCAGGGCAACAGCGGGAAGUGGAUGGCGUUCGGUGUAAAUGUGUCGAUGGCGGUGGACUACGAGAAGGAGACGACGGUGCCGGUGACUGCGAACCAACGCUCUCUUUUGCGCCUCAUGGGGAACGACAUACUCGGGGAUAUCUGCGUGAGCCUCAACGAAGGAGCGGUGUACACGCACAACGCUGCCGGGGAGGUGGUGCCGCUUGUGACGGUGGCGGAUAGACAGCCCGUGUGCGUGAGCCUACUUGACGGCGAGGUGACCGACAUUCUGACGCAGGUCUACGUACGCCCGAACCUCACCAACAUGGUGUGGCUCGUGGGCGAGCUCCAGAGAAACCGCAAAUGGCAGCCACAGUUGUUGUCGAAUCUUUCGGUGUCCACUCGCAAGCUGUUCUUUGAAGAUCUCUACUUGCCAGUGCGGGAUUUCCAUGUUGCUGGCACCUCGGUUGAUGAAUACGUUGACUGGCAAAAACUGAGGCGAAUGCUUAGGCAUGGCGGUGCUAUUUUUGAAACCAUAACCAGAAACUCGACCAUUUUGGAAUUGGCGGUGACGGAUGUGCCCAAGGACAGUGCGCUCAGGUUGCAAGCCAGUGUGCGCAUCCCCAUUGUGGGCCAGGGGAUGGACCAGUUUAUUUUGCCCGAGGACAUAGUGUUUCCUGCCACCGAGUGGAUGGUUGCGCUACCGGGCUGUGACGGCAACGGCACCAUUGGGUUACCCAAUGCGACUAUAGUGGUAGAUCCUGUAAAGGCGCUCAAGUGGGAGCAGCAGUCCAGCAUUGAUAUAAGUAUGACCGCUGUGGUUGCGGGACGGCUUCCUGAUCCAUUGCUCUACGAGGUUUGUGAAUACGAUAAUGGCAACGUAGUAACCCCCAUGAGCCUCAUUUUUAGAAAGAUGUUUGACCCUGCGCAGCUGGUUGAAUUGACAGUGAAGGGUAGGCGUGCGCUUGAAAGUGACGAUUUGGAAACUAUUCCAGUGGAGGUUGUUACUGAGUUGGUCGCAGCUACAAAAUUGCCGCUAGCCUUCAACUUCACCGUCUCGCAGUCCGAUAUGAUCGAAGACCUGAGUAUACAACGUCUAAAACUACGCUUGCGGAGGAACCGGCAUGGCGAAAAGGUUCUUCACGUCGCAGGGAAAGUGCGAAUUCUUUUCAACCCGCCAUUCUAUAAUGUUACUGAGGAUUCAUCAGUCAGCAUUACCGCUGUCAAGGGCGUAAUAGAUCUCUACCAUCAUAAUGUCCGUUUUGCGUCUACCCCAUUGCGGACUUGGCUGCCCUGUGAUACGGCGAUCGAUGGUGGCAGAUUGGAAGUUAGUCUAGAGCUAGAUCAGGAUGAGGUAGAUAUAAUAGAUCCUGUUCAGCUUUCUGUUUGUCUCAAUGAGAUCAUAUUCAAUGGACAGACAGAGAUAUACAUUGAUGGCAAGGUCGAUAUUCUGACUAAAACAGUAUUGGGCGAAUUAGUGCUAUUCGAUAUGCCAGCCCACGGUAAGACGGUUGUGAAGAAGGAUGAUGAUGUGCUCCUCAUAAAUCAGCUGGAUACUGUCUAG